AUGGGCGAGAACGGGCGGGAGGACGAAGGCGGCACCGAGGCGGAGAAGGAGCUGCGCAGGAAGAAGGUCGAAGAGAUACGCCGGGUGGCGGAGGGGUGGCGCGGCCGUGGUGGGCGCCGGGGCAGCUUCCGUGGCACCCGCUCCAACAGCAAGACCUCGCUCACGGCCAGCAGCGACUCCGCGGACAACGUGGCCGAUGGCGACGGCGCGAGUGGCGAGCCGGCCGCGAGGACAGAUGAUGGGCAGCUGCAGCUCCUGAUGAACGAGAUCGACAAGCAGGAGCGACCCAGCGACGGUUCGUCUUCGUCGAACGCGUCGGCAAAGGCUGGCGGCGGCGGGCUGCUGGCACCGCUGGCCAAGGGUGGCGGGCAGCGGGGCAGUAUACUGGUGCUGGACGAGGCGGCGGCGGAUCUGCACCACGCGCUGAAGGAGCAGCACCAGGCCAUGCUCGAAGCCGAGAAGGCCGAGGAGGAGCAGAAGCGGGCUGAAGCGCAGCGACGAAGCGAGAAGACGGCCAUGACGGGCAACGAAGAGGUCGUCCACCUCCGAAAGCAGAUCGACGAGUUGAUGGCCGCCAACCUCGCACUCACGCGCGAGCUGCAAAUGCGGUCGAUGGCGGCCGAUGCGAUGAAGGAGCAGCUGGCGCAGGCCGAGGCGAAGCGACAGGAGGAGGCGCUGCUCCGGCAGGCCAUCGAGAAGAGGCUCUCGGCCAAGCUGGUCGAAAUUGAGUCCCACACCGAGUACCGACUGCGCUCCCUCCUGGCCCACCUCAAGUCGCAGUAG